AUGAUCUCUAAUAAUCAACGUAGGCUCAUAAUUGACCUAUCGAGAAUUAGAGAUGAUCUUCCGAACAAGAAUAAGGCAUUGUUGCAUCAAUUUCAUGAGGAGGAGGUCCUGUUGAAGCUGGCCCUCAAACAAGUGGUCGAAACAAUCAACCCUGAGUACGCAAAUCGGUACGACGAGUUUUUUGUCGGCUUUGAGGGCAGUUUCGGCAGUCACAACAUCACACCUCAGACGUUGAAUAGUAAUUUUUUAAAUAAAUUAGUGUGUGUGGAAGGUGUCGUCUCGCGGUGUAAUCUCGUUCGCUCGAAGUUGGUGAAAAGUGUUUUUAUGAGUCAAACUACCGGACAAACAAUCGCCGUUCGUUCCCCAGUUAACCCAAAAAUGAAGGAGGACUGGGAACUUCAAUACGGGUUGUGUGAAUACAAGGACGUACAACAAAUCACAAUCAGGGAGGCAUACCAGAAUACACCGCCAGGACGAGCGACAUACCAAGUUAAGACCGGUAUAACCAAGCUUGUAACCAAACAAUUUAAAUAA